AUGCCAUUUAAUGAGGAUGAGUACAAGCAAAAGCUCAUUGACUGGGCCAUCAAGCUACGCCUUAGCUACCGAGAAGUCACGGACGAGUCGACCACUGAUUUACUCACAUACGGCAAGCCUCCGCUCGCGCGCCUGUUGCCAACGCAUCACUCAACGCUCUCGCGGUGGGUGAAGGAUUCGAUGGCAGCACGCUUACCAUUCAUCAUCGAAUUUGUGCAGUCCGCACUCAGCACCAUCAACCUCUCGAUCGACGGAUGGCGGGCUCACAAUCGCAGAGAGUACAUCGCUGUUUGCGGACAAUUCGUCGAUGGCCAAGGCCAUCCUCGAACACUCCUCCUCGGCUUCCCACGACGUUAUGGCGGUCACACUGGCGACGACCUCGCAGCACUGGUAAAGCCAGUAAUUCUACAAUACGGCAUCGGCGAGAAGCUCGGCCCCUUCGUUAUGGAUAACGCUGAUGACAACGACAAAUGCCUCGAGGUGCUACAGCGUUCCUUUUCCUCGAUCGAUCCAGAAGCAGACCGUAUUCGCUGUAUCGGCCAUAUUAUUAAUCUCGUCGUUAAGGCUCUCUUAUUUGGCGAAGGCGUCAGCGCGUGGGAGAAGAAUCUUAUUGAGGCUUCGGAGGAGCAGCGUGUAGCUCUCUGGACCCUCAAAGGCGUCAUUGGCAGGCUGCAUAACCUCGUUGUCUACAUUAAUCGAAACGACGCACGCCGUGAGCAGUUGAGAGCUCGCAUGCGCGUCACGAAGACAAGCGACGGCAUGCUGUUCGUCGGCGUGCUCCUCAGUGACGGUGGCAUUCGAUGGAACGCGACGUUCUACAUGAUCGAGCGUGCUCUUAAGUAUGGCGAGGGCAACGAGGGCGGCCAAGGCUCGGUGUGGCAAGUACUUUACGCCAUGGACUUCUUGCUCACGAAGCUUGAGAGCGUCAAAGAAGAGAUACACGCAAUGGAUGCUGAUAACAAGGACGAACUUCCGCACUAUUACUCCGCAGGCGUGCUCGCUGCAUGGUCGAAGAUCAACACGUACUACGAGCUCACCGACCGAUCACCGAUCUACCGUAUGGCCAUCGCUCUCCACCCAGCCUACCAAUUCGAAUACUUCAGGGCGAAGUGGUGGAAGCGAGAGGAUUGGAUAAGGACAGCACAGAAGGAGCUAACUGCAUAUUACGAUCGCUUCGCCGCAGUCACGGUGGCCACUGACCACGUCGACCAGGCCGAGACUUCUCCUUGUUCCUCGCCGACGAUCGACGACGAAUUCGAUGCUUGGGGCCAUACAACAGAUCGACCACACCGUGGCAAGAGGAGGAAGGUGGAGACUGAGUGGGAGGUCUGGAUAAAGCAGGUGCCGUCGAAGGACGACAUGAACGUUAAGAAUCCUCUCGCGUGGUGGGUGGACCGACGCCACGUUUGGCCCAUUCUCAGCAAACUUGCCCUUAACAUCUUCAGUACGCCGGCGAUGAGCGCAGAGCCAGAGCGCGUAUUCUCCGACGGCGGCGAGCUUAUCACCGACAAGCGCAACGGCCUCGGCGAUGACACAGUUGAAGCUGAGAUGAUACAGAAGAAUUGGAUUACUUCCAAGAUUUUGCAUGGGAUUGCGACACCUCGAGGUCUAUACAAAUUACCGGAUUAG